AUGCAAGUUUUGGAGAACUCUAUAUCAGUUUUUCUUCUUCUUCUCGUUUCCCUUUCCUUGGCGUUUGACUUAGACUCUCAUCCUUCCUUCAUGUUACCGGUGAAAGUAUCUCGCGAAAGCCGCGAUCUUCCGCUCGGUCUUCCUCUCGUGAUCAACACCUGGCCCUGGCCUGGGGCCACUCAAAGGGCCUGGGAUGUCCUCACAACCGGAAACGGAAGUGUUGUGGACGCAGUCGUGGCGGGGUGUUCGGAAGCCGAGAAGGACCCGGUGAUAGAUUCCGUGGGGUUCGGAAAUCAUCCGGAUGAAUCUGGAGAGACUACUUUGGAUGCGAUGGUGAUUGACGGCGAGACCCGGGGUAUCGGGGCUGUGGCGGAUUUGCGAAGGAUCAAAGAGGCUGUUGCUGUGGCCAGGGCUGUGAUGGAUCAUACUCAGCACACGAUGCUUGUUGGCGAGGCUGCUACCAAAUUUGCUGUCGCUAUGGGCUUUCAAGAAACCUCCCUGUCCACGGACCUGUCGAAACAAAUUCACUCCAACUGGACUGCAAACAAUUGCCAGCCAAACUUCUGGCGAAACGUGACCCCGGACCCUCGUCAAUCCUGUGGACCGUACUCACCAAUAAAAGGACCCUCUUCUCAGCCGCAGUCAGCGAGUGAAUCCGUUUCCGAACGUAAUCACGACACCAUUGGCAUGAUCGCCAUCGACGGUGACGGGAAAAUAGCCGCCGGGACGUCAACAAACGGCGCCCAAUUCAAGAUUCCGGGUCGAGUGGGAGACACUGCAAUCCCAGGCAGCGGCGCCUUUGUGGACGCCGAAGUCGGCGCUGCAGCGGCAACCGGCGACGGCGACGUGAUGAUGCGUUUCCUGCCGAGCAUGGCGGCGGUUGAAAUGUUGAGAGGCGGCGUGACGCCGUAUAAUGCGGCGGUCGAGGCCCUGGCCCGAAUUGCUCGGGUGUUUCCCGAUGUGAAGGCUGGGAUUGUAGUGGCCAAAAAGAAUGGAGAGUUUGCUGGGGCUUGUUACGGGUUCGAAACGUUUGAGUAUUGCGUUGUAGAGGCGUUGACGGGACAAGUGCAGGUUAUUCCUGUGUCGUGUUUCUCCUUGAGUGAAAAUAAGGAACCUUCGUUGCCUCGUUCUAUUAGUUCAAUCGUCGCUGAGAUUAUCACGGCAUUCGGAUCAAUUGCGUUGUCCGGGAUCCGCCACGCUGUGCAAUUGGUCGGUGCUGUUUUGGACGUUGCCGUCUGCCUGUUUGCAUUCUACACCAUUUAUGACUUUAUUUUGCACGGCGGCGAGUCGACAGUGCUCAAGUUGCCCGCAGCAGACAAGUGGGAAUGGAAGACAAUUAAAGAGAAGGUGCUGAGUAGGUGCCCUCAGUUGGAGCACUGA